ACGUCGUUGACUAUGGAACCCGCCUUCCUCUGGCAAGAUGGCGCCGCUGGUGGUACAGCUGAAAUGUGGACUCCACUUGCGAAGACAAACAUUUACUACUUUACUUCAACAUACAAGUUCGUAUCAUAUUUGGAGAGGAGGUAACACACCGAAUGGGAAGCAACAGACGACUUAUUUGCUGAGCCCCAACCUGAGGACAGCCUCAUGGACAGUCAACAGAAGUGACAACAGACGUAUACUGGAGGCUGCAAAGCAUUUGCAGGUGACCGAGAGGACAUGUUGGCACGGAAAUGCAGGUGGAAGGCUAAAUGCAGACCCCAAAAAUGUGUUGAAAGAGGUGAAUUCCCGGACCAUCUUGUCUAACAUGUUGUCCUACGUGUGGCCCAAGGACCGGCCUGAUCUUCGGGCUAGAGUAGCCAUUGCCCUGGGGCUGCUGGCUGGAGCUAAGAUGACCAACGUGAUGGUACCCUUCAUGUUUAAGUAUGCUGUGGACGAGCUGAAUGGACUUUCAGGUCAUAUGUUGAACUUGAGCGACGCCCCCAGCACCGUGGCUACCGUGGCAACUGCUGUUCUGAUUGGCUAUGGUGUGUCCCGUGCCGGUUCGGCCCUCUUCAACGAGCUGCGUAACGCCGUGUUUGGGAAGGUGGCCCAGAGUUCCAUCCGGCGUAUUGCCAAGAACGUGUUCCUGCACCUCCACAGCCUGGACCUGGGUUUCCACCUGUCCCGCCAGACGGGGGCGAUGUCAAAGGCCAUUGAUAGGGGCACCAGGGGCAUCUCCUUCGUCCUCUCUGCCAUUGUCUUCAACCUGGGACCCACUGUUUUUGAGAUGGGGCUGGUCUCUGCUAUCCUGUAUUAUAAAUGCGGGGUGGAAUUUGCUGCGGUGACUCUGGGUACUCUGGGAGCGUAUACAGCCUUCACCAUUGCUGUCACACAGUGGAGGACUCGGUUCAGGAUAGAGAUGAACAAGGCAGACAACGAGGCAGGAAACGCUGCUAUUGACUCUUUACUCAACUAUGAGACCGUUAAGUAUUUCAACAAUGAGAAGUAUGAAGCAGAGAAGUAUGAUGGUUAUCUGAAGAGCUACGAGUCCUCCUCCCUGAAGACCACCUAUACCCUGGCCAUGCUCAACUUUGGACAGAGUGUCAUCUUUAGUGUGGGCCUAACUGGUAUCAUGGUACUAGCUAGCAAGGGGAUCAUGACAGGCUCUAUGACAGUAGGAGACCUGGUGAUGGUGAAUGGUCUGCUGUUCCAGCUCUCUCUGUCUCUUAACUUCCUGUUGUUGUUGACAGGCUCUAUGACAGUAGGAGACCUGGUGAUGGUGAAUGGUCUGCUGUUCCAGCUCUCUCUGUCUCUUAACUUCCUGUUGUUGUUGACAGGCUCUAUGACAGUAGGAGACCUGGUGAUGGUGAAUGGUCUGCUGUUCCAGCUCUCUCUGCCUCUUAACUUCCUGGGCACCGUGUACAGAGAGACACGCCAGGCCCUCAUCGACAUGAAUACACUCUUCACACUGCUCAGUGUUGACACCAAGAUUAAGGAAAGAGAGCUGGCACCUCCUCUCUCCGUCACCCCUCAAGAAGCCACCAUCAGGUUUGAGGAUGUCUACUUUGAGUACCUGGAAGGACAGAAGGUUCUAGAGGGCGUCUCCUUCCAGGUGCCGGCUGGGAAGAAGGUGGCCAUCGUAGGAGGGAGCGGAUCAGGGAAGAGCACCAUAAUGCGUAUGUUGUUCCGGUUUUACGAGCCCCAGAAGGGAAACAUCUACAUCGCUGGACAGAACAUCAGAGACGUUGGACUGGACAGCCUGCGACGGGCCGUAGGGGUGGUACCACAGGAUGCAGUGCUCUUCCACAACACCAUCUUCUACAACCUUCAGUACGGGAACAUCAACGCCACGCCAGAGGAGGUGUACCAGGUGGCACGGCUGGCAGGGAUCCACGACGCCAUCCUUAGGAUGCCUCACGGAUACGACACUCAGGUCGGCGAGAGGGGACUCAAACUGUCAGGUGGGGAGAAGCAACGUGUGGCCAUAGCCAGGGCCAUACUGAAGAACCCUCCUAUCCUGCUGUAUGAUGAAGCUACCUCCUCGCUGGACUCUAUCACUGAGGAGAACAUUCUUAGUUCCAUGAAGGGUCUGGUCCAGGACCGGACGUCCGUAUUCAUCGCUCACAGACUGUCCACCAUUGUAGACGCAGACGAGAUCAUCGUACUCAACAAGGGUAAGAUAGCAGAGCGAGGGGACCACCACUCUCUCCUGGCUACUCCAGGCUCUCUGUAUGCUGACCUGUGGAACACUCAGAACAGUAAGAUACUGAACAUUAAGAACAGCCCGGUGGAACUGCAGCCAGAGAGACUCAGCCAGAAGGAGGAGGAGAGGAAGAAACUACAGGAGGAGAUCAUGAACAGUGUCAAGGGCUGUGGGAACUGCUCCUGUUGAGGAGAGGAGAGACAAGGACAUCCCUCAAUACCUGUCGUCCCUUCCUCCUUCCUUCACUCACUGACAGCCUGCCCUCAGUACUUUAGUCUCUCUCAGGGGAGGGGUCAUAUACACCUCUCCAUCUCACUCCUGCCACAACAAACCCUGGGCUGACUGCCCCUCCCCUUGCUCCUCUUGAGAAGGCGAUUGGUGGCCGAAGAGGAGACUGAGAAGGAAGCCUAUCUGCCAUUGGCUGAUGUCUACAGAGAGGCAGUGUUCAUCUACCAAUCAUCUCAGGACAAAACACGCAUAAGAGAUCUUGUAUAUGAUGACAUCAUGGUGUAUAGGGUUGAGUAAGAACAGGACUGAGUAAGAACAGGACUGAGUAAGAACAGGACUGAGUAAGAACAGGACUGAGUAAGAACAGGACUGAGUAAGAACAGGACUGAGUAAGAACAGGACUGAGUAAGAACAGGACUGAGUAAGAACAGGACUGAGUAAGAACAGGACUGAGUAAGAACAGGACUGAGUAAGAACAGGACUGAUGGACUGAGUAAGAACAGGACUGAUGGACUGAGUAAGAACAGGACUGAUGGACUGAGUAAGAACAGGACUGAGUAAGAACAGGACUGAUGGACUGAUUUAAGAACAGGACUGAUGGACUGAGAAAGAACAGGACUGAUGGACUGAGUAAGAACAGGACUGAUGGACUGAUUAAGAACAGGACUGAUGGACUGAGAAAGAACAGGACUGAUGGACUGAGAAAGAACAGGACUGAUGGACUGAGUAAGAACAGGACUGAUGGACUGAUUAAGAACAGGACUGAUGGACUGAGUAAGAACAGGACUGAGUAAGAACAGGACUCAUGGACUGAGUAAGAACAGGACUGAUGGACUGAGUAAUAACAGGACUGAGUAAGAACAGGACUGAUGGACUGAGAAAGAACAGGACUGAUGGACUGAGAAAGAACAGGACUGAUGGACUGAGAAAGAACAGGACUGAUGGACUGAGUAAGAACAGGACUGAUGGACUGAGUAAGAACAGGACUGAUGGACUGAGAAAGAACAGGACUGAUGGACUGAGAAAGAACAGGACUGAUGGACUGAGAAAGAACAGGACUGAUGGACUGAGAAAGAACAGGACUGAUGGACUGAGUAAGAACAGGACUGAUGGACUGAGUAAGAACAGGACUGAGUAAGAACAGGACUGAUGGACUGAGAAAGAACAGGACUGAGUAGGAACAGGAUUGAUGGACUGAGAAAGAACAGGACUGAGUAAGAACAGGACUGAUGGACUGAGUAAGAACAGGACUGAUGGACUGAGUAAGAACAGGACUGAUGGACUGAGUAAGAACAGGACUGAGUAGGAACAGGACUGAGUAGGAACAGGACUGAGUAGGAACAGGACUGAGUAGGAACAGGACUGAGUAAGAACAGGACUGAUGGACUGAGUAAGAACAGAACUGAUGGACUGAGAAAGAACAGGACUGAGUAAGAACAGGACUGAUGGACUGAGUAAGAACAGGACUGAUGGACUGAGAAAGAACAGGACUGAUGGACUGAGUAAGAACAGGACUGAGUAGGAACAGGACUGAGUAGGAACAGGACUGAGUAGGAACAGGACUGAGUAGGAACAGGACUGAGUAGGAACAGGACUGAGUAGGAACAGGACUGAGUAGGAACAGGACUGAGUAGGAACAUGACUGAAUAAGAACAGGACUGAUGGACUGAGAAGGAACAGGACUGAGUAGGAACAGGACUGAGUAGGAACAGGACUGAGUAGGAACAGGACUGAGUAGGAACAGGACUGAGUAGGAACAGGACUGAGUAGGAACAGGACUGAGUAGGAACAGGACUGAGUAGGAACAGGACUGAGUAGGAACAGGACUGAGUAAGAACAGGACUAAUGGACUGAGUAAGAACAGGACUGAGAAAGAACAGGACUGAUGGACUGAGUAAGACCAGGACUGAGUAGGACCAGGACUGAGUAGGACCAGGACUGAGUAGGACCAGGACUGAGUAGGACCAGGACUGAGUAGGACCAGGACUGAGUAGGACCAGGACUGAGUAGGACCAGGACUGAGUAGGACCAGGACUGAGUAGGACCAGGACUGAGUAAGAACAGGACUGAGUAAGAACAGGACUGAGUAAGAACAGGACUGAGUAAGAACAGGACUGAGUAAGAACAGGACCGAUGGACUGAGUAAGAACAGGACCGAUGGACUGAGCAAGAACCGGACUGAGUAAGAACAGGACCGAUGGACUGAGUAAGAACAGGACUGAUGGACUGAGCAAGAACCGGACUGAGUAAGAACAGGACUGAUGGACUGAGUAAGAACAGGACUGAUGGACUGAGCAAGAACCGGACUGAGUAAGAACAGGACUGAUGGACUGAGUAAGAACAGGACUGAUGGACUGAGCAAGAACAGGACUGAGUAGGAACAGGACUGAGUAAGAACAGGACUGAUGGACUGAGAAAGAACAGGAGUAGGAACAGGACUGAAUAAGAACAGGACUGAUGGACUGAGAAAGAACAGGACUGAGUAGGAACAGGACUGAGUAGGAACAGGACUGAGUAGGAACAGGACUGAGUAGGAACAGGACUGAGUAGGAACAGGACUGAGUAGGAACAGGACUGAGUAGGAACAGGACUGAGUAAGAACAGGACUAAUGGACUGAGUAAGAACAGGACUGAGAAAGAACAGGACUGAUGGACUGAGUAAGAACAGGACUGAGUAAGACCAGGACUGAGUAAGACCAGGACUGAGUAGGACCAGGACUGAGUAGGACCAGGACUGAGUAGGACCAGGACUGAGUAGGACCAGGACUGAGUAAGAACAGGACUGAGUAAGAACAGGACUGAGUAAGAACAGGACUGAGUAAGAACAGGACUGAGUAAGAACAGGACUGAUGGACUGAGUAAGAACAGGACUGAGAAAGAACAGGACUGAUGGACUGAGUAAGACCAGGACUGAGUAAGACCAGGACUGAGUAAGACCAGGACUGAGUAAGACCAGGACUGAGUAGGACCAGGACUGAGUAGGACCAGGACUGAGUAGGACCAGGACUGAGUAAGAACAGGACUGAGAAAGAACAGGACUGAUGGACUGAGUAAGAACAGGACUGAGAAAGAACAGGACUGAUGGACUGAGUAAGAACAGGACUGAGUAAGACCAGGACUGAGUAAGACCAGGACUGAGUAGGACCAGGACUGAGUAGGACCAGGACUGAGUAAGAACAGGACUGAGUAAGAACAGGACUGAGUAAGAACAGGACUGAGUAAGAACAGGACUGAGUAAGAACAGGACUGAGUAAGAACAGGACUGAGUAAGAACAGGACCGAUGCACUGAGUAAGAACAGGACUGAGUAAGAACAGGACUGAGUAAGAACAGGACUGAGUAAGAACAGGACUGAGUAAGAACAGGACUGAGUAAGAACAUUAAAGUGUAUUUGUCAGAUCGGUGCCCAUGUUGCAUAAUGUCAUCGCGUUUGUUAGAACGGAACACUGGUUGGACUUGUUGUACAAAUUCACCUUCAUGUCCAACAGAAAGAAAGACAUUACAAUGUGUAUAAUUCUGUAAAGGCAUUGGAGAAAGAACAUGGUGUUUUUGUGUGAUAACCUGAAUAAAGAGCAGUGAGACUCAGA